UUCCAAGAGGUCAGGUUGCAGAGGAGAUGGGCUCCAAGGCCUCUCUUUGCUUUUAAAAGCGAACCGAAUCCCAUUUACCAAAAUCAUUAUAUAAACAUUUGGAUACUUCUUGUUCAAAUCGCUUUCUUCAAAAAACUUGGCCCCUUGGUCUCAUAAUUAGUACCUGCGAUCUACACUUCCUUCUUACCCAUCACUUCCAAAAUCUUGUGUUUCUGUUGGGUUUUCACAGAAAUCAUAUUCCCCAGGGCAUCCUAGAUAAGUAGUAUUAUUUACACCUUUUCCACUUUCUUGUUCGACAAUCGGAUACGAAUUUGAGCACAUUUCGUUUCCAUACUAAUGGUGAUUGAAUCUAUGGAUCCACCUUCCUAUCCCACCAAUCUACAAGCUCCCGCUAACAAUCCUUCUUUAAGGUCGACCUCAGAUGGAGAAUCUCCGUUCGACAGUGAAACGACUGACUGCUACCAUGCUGUUUUGAAGUACAUACAUGACAUCUUAAUGGAAGAUGGCUUGGGGGAUAAAACCUGUAUGUUACAGGAUAGUCUCGCACUCCAAGCUGCUGAAAAGUCACUUUAUGAUGUUAUCGGCGAAGAGUAUCCAUCUUCUUCGGAUCAUUGCCCUCCUUGUUUAAUUCAUAACAAUGAGCGCCCAGAUGAGAAUUUCACUCCAACUACAAGUGUUCAAUCUUCUGUUACACAGCCAUUUGACUCUCCCGAAAGCAUGCCGUAUGUACAUGUAGAAACGCAGCCUUUUGGACAGUUCAAUGGAGUUAUGGGAAGUGCUAACAAGUCCAUUCCAUAUAGUCAUUCUAUCAAAUUUUCUUCAAUGGGAAAUGUAUCAGAUCCUCAAGAGCUAAAGAGAGAGGUGAUGGCAGACAGAAUGCAGAAGAAUGGAAGGAACUACUCAUCAAUUCAGACAAGGGGAAGGAGGAAUCAUCAGCAUGACAAUAAUGGCUACUUAGAAGAAGGGAGAAGCAAGAAGCAAUCUUCGGUCUCAGAGUCCCUGCACUUGGAGCUUCUUGAUGAUACCUUUUUGUAUAAUAUUGAGAAUGGAGGACACAUACCGUGUCCUUUGUACGGUAAUUCACCAAGUGCAAGGAACAAGAAGUUUCUGCAAAGUGAGCAGUCAGUUGCUUCUGAUAUGCGCAGGAGAACACUGGCUAAUAAAAGAGAGACAGACCUGUGGACUCUGCUAAUUCUUUGUGCACAAGCUGCAGGAAUCGGGGAUCUAAAGACAGCUAGUGGGAAAUUAAAGCAGAUUAGGCAACAUUCUUCUCCUUUGGGGGAUGCAAAUCAAAGAUUGGCACAUUAUUUCGCUAAUGGCCUUGAGGCACGCCUUGCUGGCACUGGCAUGCCACUCUCUGGACCCAUUACGCAAAGUUCGACAACAGCUGCUGACAUCCUGAAAUCUUAUGAGCUCUAUGUUACAGUAUGCCCUUUCAGGAAGAUGACAAAUUUGUGUGCAAACAGAACAAUUUCUAGAGUAGUAGAUAAGGCAACAAGCGUGCACAUCAUUGAUUUUGGCAUUAGCUACGGAUUUCAAUGGCCUUGCUUUAUCUACAGGCAGUCAUUAAGGCCUGGAAGACCUACCAAGAUUCGCGUUACGGGAAUUGAGCUUCCCCAACCAGGUUUCCGGCCUGCAGAAAGGGUUGAAGAGACUGGCCGUCGUUUACAAAGAUUGGCUGACAGAAUGAAGGUUCCGUUUGAGUACAAUGCCAUAGCCCAGAAAUGGGAAACUAUUCAAUAUGAGGAUCUCAAGAUCGAUAGAGAUCGCGAUGAGGUGAUUAUUGUCAACUGUAUGUACCGAUUGAAGAACUUACCUGACGACACGAUGGUGGUCAACAGCCCCAGGGAUGCCGUUCUUAAACUGAUUAAGAGAAUCAAUCCCGAUAUAUUCCUCCAUGGAGUUAGUAAUGGUUCUUACAAUGCUCCCUUCUUUGUCACGAGGUUCCGUGAGGCAUUGUUCCAUUAUUCUGCAUUUUUUGAUAUGCUUGAAGCUACUGCACCUCGAGAAGAUCAAGAAAGAUUGUUGUUCGAGAGGGAAAAAAUUGGAAGGGACGCUAUAAAUGUGAUAGCAUGUGAGGGUACACAAAGGGUUGAAAGGCCAGAGCCAUACAAGCAAUGGCAUAUGAGGAAUUUGAGGAUUGGAUUUAGGCAGGUCCCAUUACAUCAAAGCAUCAUUAGAAGAGUGAAAAACAUUAAACAUGAUUAUCAUAAAGAUUUUAUCGUUGAUGAGGAUGGACAAUGGAUACUUCUUGGAUGGAAGGGUAAAAUAAUCCAUGCUAUUUCAGCUUGGAAACCUGUCCAGAAGUAACAAAUGAAACUAUGGUGUUUUUGCUUCCUUUUUUUUAUUUUGUAAUGUAAAUUUAUCCUUUACUGCUUAGCGUCUGUGGAUUAUGAUCCACGUUGAGCAACUACAACAGUCCUCAUUCAAUUGUUUACUGUGGAUCUAAUAUCGUAAACACUGAAUAAUUGGCCGGAAGAGGAGUCCUCUGAACAUGCCCGGCCGGCCAUCUUGGAUUACAGGACUAGUGAAUAUAUAGUUUCAUUGCUUUGAGUUA